CCAUAGACAUCAACACGUGCAGCAUUGGUGGCUAGUUUUGGUUGCUAGCUGAACAGUUUUUAGACUUUUUAUCGUAAAAAGUAUUGGGGAGUCACAAGUCAAAUUGAAAUGGGUGUUCAGAAGAAAAAGUAUGAAAGGGGCGCUGCCACCAACUACAUCACCAGAAAUAGAGCACGCAAGAAGUUGAUGCUGAGCCUCGCAGACUUCAGGCGGCUGUGCAUCCUUAAAGGCAUUUAUCCUCAUGAGCCAAAACACAAGAAGAAGGUGAACAAGGGCUCCACGGCACCAAGGACUUUCUACCUGCUCAAAGACAUCCGCUUCCUGCUGCAUGAGCCCAUCGUUGGCAAGUUCAGAGAGUAUAAGAUAUUUGUACGAAAACUAAAGARGGCUUAUGGAAAAACAGAGUGGACUGAUGUGGAAAGACUUAAAGACAACAAGCCAUCAUAUAAACUGGAUCACAUCGUCAAAGAGAGGUAUCCCACCUUCAUUGAUGCCCUCCGGGACAUUGACGAUGCCCUCUGCAUGUGCUUCCUUUUCUCCACAUUCGCCAGAACGGGAAAAUGCCACGUGCAAACAAUUCAGCUGUGCAGACGUCUUUCUGUGGAGUGGAUGAACUUUGUGGUUGCAUCUCGUGCUCUUCGAAAGGUUUUCCUCUCCAUCAAGGGAAUAUAUUAUCAAGCAGAGGUGAUGGGACAGCUCAUUACAUGGCUGGUGCCAUAUCAGUUCUCCCAUGAUCACCCGACAGAUGUCGACUACAGAGUCAUGGCAACGUUCACAGAGUUGUACACCACCCUUCUGGGGUUUGUCAACUUCAGACUCUACCAUUCUCUCAACUUGGUCUAUCCUCCAAAGCUGGACAGUAAAGCAGAAUCUGAACUCAAAGAGGAGCAUGAAGAAGAUUAUGCCAUGAAUUCAGAGAGCUACUUGGAGAAACUGUCUUCUCUGAGUUCCAGUCUGGCACGUGUAGUUUCUGCAGACGAGGAAGAGGAGGCUAAACUYGAUCAGUUCCCCACUGAAGAGGAGGACAUGGAGAAGAUGGAAUCUAGAGAGAAAGAACUCAAACAAUUGGAAACCCAGAAGAAGUUGUUUGAGGGUCUUAAGUUCUUCCUCAACAGAGAAGUCCCCCGAGAGUCUCUGGCUUUUAUCAUCAGGUGUUUUGGUGGUCAAGUGUCCUGGGACAAGUCUGUUUGCAUUGGGAGCACGUAUGAYGUGACAGAUGAGACUAUCACACAUCAAAUUGUUGACAGACCAAAUGUUGACAAACAGUACAUAAACAGGUACUACAUACAGCCCCAAUGGGUGUACGAUUGUGUUAAUGCUAAAAUGUGUUUGCCCGUGGAGGACUAUUUCCUUGGAGUGACUCUGCCACCUCACCUGUCUCCAUUUGUGGAGGAGAAGGAAGGGGAUUACGUGCCCCCUGAGAAGCUGAAGAUAAUGGCCUUACAGCGAGGAGAAAGAACUGCUCAGGAAGAGGAGGAGGAAGAUGAGGAAGAAGAAGAAGACGACGACGACGAUGAUGAAGAGGAUGAUGAUGAAGAAGAAGAGGAAGAUGACGACGACGAGAAAGAUGAUGAGAAAAAUCUCAAGAAGAUGGAGGAACAAAGAUCCCUGGGCAAGUCUUUAAAAGUUAAAGUGACGCCUGGAAAAGUGAAAGCAGAAAAUCCAGCACGCUUGAGGGAGGAGGAGAAGGCUGAGGAGAAACGUCUCGCCAUUAUGAUGAUGAAGAAAAAGGAGAAGUACCUCUACGAUAAGAUCAUGUUUGGAAAGAAAAGAAAAAUCAGAGAGGCCAACAAGCUUGCUGCCAAGAGGAAAGCUCAUGAUGAUGCUGAAAAAGCAAAGAAGAAGAAGAAGGCCAGAAAAUAACUUCUCUUGAUGUUUGGCUGAAACUGACUUUGUGCAACUUUUAAGGCUAAUGUGAGAUAAAAAUCUGUAAAGCCUCCAGUUUCAUACAAAAUUUCAAGAUGUAAUGAUUAAUGUAAAAGUAAUUCCCUUUUUGUGUAUUAAGUUCGUUGUUCUUCAUUAAUAAACACCUUUCAUUUAA